AAAAAAUUAGAAAGUGGUAGUUUGGGGGGAUAGAAUCUAAGCAUUGGUAGUUUAGAAGGUCAUCCGGAGAAAAUAUGAUAGUUUGGGGGGAUAAAAUAUAUUUAACCCAAUUUUUUAGGUAAAUAAAGAAAUAUUUGUUGAGUUGAUAAUGCUUUAACCAAUGUAUUUGCCUAAGCCACAAUAAUUGGUAUACAUUUUCCUGGACACUAAUUCCAAAAUUAUUGACUGGAAUAAGUCUAAGCAAUAACUUCUAGGUAUGAAUUUCAAUUGAUUUUCGAGAAAUCGACAAACCAGAAGAUGGAAGGCAUUUUUAUGGCCCUAGAUCGGACGGUUGUAGCGUUUUCCCUUUAACGGUUUAGAUUUGGCCACGCCAGACUACCCCUCCGCGAGUGUUGACUAUUCAAACGGCUACUUUUUCAUUGAAAAAUUCGAAGUUAAUAUGAACAGCACAGAGCAGCUGUGCCUCGCUCUGAUACACAAGUGCAAGACCCUCAAAACCGUGAAGCAAAUCCAGGCCUUUACGUGCAAGACCGGACUAGAUACCGAUCGCUUAGUCGCCGGGAAGCUUAUCUUCCGCUGCGUCGUUUCGAUAUCCGAUGCUCUCGACUACGCUCGCCGUGUCUUCUCUCACUUCCCGGACCCAGAUGUUUUCAUGUACAACACGAUCAUCCGAGGACUCGCCGAAUCCGAUGCCCCGCAGAGUGCUCUUGUUGCGUUCACCGAAAUGCGUCGAGGAUCGACGGUUAUAGCCCCGCCUGAUAGCUUCUCUUUCGCGUUCGUACUUAAAGGUGCGGCUAAUUACGGGUCUUUGAGAGCUGGGGUUCAGCUUCAUUGUCAGGCUAUAAGGCAUGGGCUCGAUACCCAUAUCUUUGUUGGGACGACUCUUGUGAGCACGUAUGCGGAAUGUGGGUGUGUGGGUUCUGCUAAGAAGGUGUUUGAGGAAAUGAAGGAACCAAAUGUUGUCGCUUGGAAUGCGGUGGUUACGGCGUGUUUUAGAUGCGGGGAUGUAGAGGGUGCGGCGGGAAUGUUCGAUAGGAUGCCGAUUCGGAAUGCGACCUCGUGGAAUGUCAUGCUCGCGGGGUACACCAAAGCGGGGCAGCUUGAGCUGGCCAAAAAGGUGUUCUUGGAAAUGCCUGUGAAGGACGAUGUUUCUUGGAGUACUAUGAUUUCUGGGUUUGCUCAUAAUGGUUGUUUCUAUGAGGCGUUGGGUUUUUUCAGGGAGUUGCGACGGGUGGGAAUGAGACCAAAUGAGGUGAGCUUGACGGUGGUUCUAUCGAUGUGCGCGCUGGCGGGGGCAAUUGAGUUUGGGAAGGUUUUACAUGGGUUUCUGGAGAAAUCUGGGUUUCUUUGGAUCAUUUCAGUGAAUAACGCACUCAUUCAUACAUAUUCUAAGUGUGGAAAUGUGGGCAUGGCUCGAUUGAUCUUUGAGAGAAUGCCAAAAAGUAAAAGCAUUGUUUCUUGGGCAACGAUGAUAGCAGGACUUGCAAUGCAUGGUCAUGGAGAAGAAGCAAUACAGCUCUUCCAUGAUAUGGAAGCGUCUGGAAUCAAGCCUGAUAGAAUUACCUUUAUUUCUAUCUUAUAUGCUUGUAGUCACGCUGGAUUGAUUGAAGAAGGAUGUAAAUAUUUUUCUAAGAUGAUGGAUAUAUAUGGUAUAGAACCAGCCAUUGAGCAUUACGGUUGUAUGGUUGAUCUAUAUGGCCGAGCUGGUAAGUUGCAGAAGGCCUAUGAUUUUGUAUGUCAAAUGCCAAUUUCGCCCACUGCUAUUAUUUGGCGGACUCUUCUUGGGGCUUGUAGCAUUCACGGGGAAGUCGAGUUGGCAGAGCAAGUGAAAGAAAGGCUUUCUGAACUUGAACCCAACGAUUCUGGUGAUCAUGUUCUUUUGUCAAAUAUUUAUGCCAUUGCAGGGAAAUGGAAGGAUGUUGCCGCAGUAAGGAGAUCAAUGACUGACCAGAGGAUCAAGAAGACUCCUGGUUGGAGCAUGAUUGAAGUUGACAAGAUCAUGUAUACUUUUGUGGCGGGUGAAAAACAUGAUAAAAUUACACAAGAGGCUUAUGAGAAGUUAAGGGAGAUAAUACUGAAGCUCAGGGUUGAAGGAGGUUAUGUUCCAGAGGUUGGGAGUGUUUUGCAUGACAUAGAAGAGGAAGAAAAGGAAGAUUCAGUGUCUUGGCACAGUGAGAAGCUUGCUGUAGCUUUUGGAAUGGAAAGAUUGUGUGAGGGAAAGAUCAUAAGAAUCGUGAAAAAUUUGCGGGUGUGCAGGGACUGCCAUACGGUAAUGAAGCUAAUUUCUAGAGUUUAUAGGUUGGAAAUAGUGGUGAGAGAUAGAAGUCGCUUCCACACUUUCAGAGAUGGCUCUUGUUCAUGCAGAGACUACUGGUAAAUGGUGGCCGAUGAAGUAAUUGCUAAAGGCAAUCUCCUGUUCAGGAAAACAACCAAAUCCAUGUCCCCCAUGGAAUAAGCCAAACCAGGAAAUGCAAGAAUGAGCUAGAAAACUGGGUAUUGGGCGAAUCAUUGAGGAGUAACAUUAUGAACCAGUUUGUUGGAAAACGGCAAUGGUGUUAAUGUGAGGAGAUGAAGCACUAUUUAGCGGUGGUUCCGUGGUCUCAAGAUAAUUUCAAGUGGAGUAUCAAUAUUAAUCACCUUGAGUUUCACUAAUAUCUUGAUGGAGUUGGGGCAAACUAUGGUUCUAAAGUUUUAGAAGUGCAUGCGAUUUUCAUCGUUUAAGCUCCUCGUAUGCGGCUCUCAGCAGGCAUGUAUUACUGAAAGAACAAUAAUUGAUAAUAUCCUCGAAGAAAAAAUUUGAUUUAUUUCCACAUAAAGGAAGAAUGAAAACGAUGAAAGAAAAGAAAAGGGCUGGAAAUCUGGCAAUCAAGUGGAAUAUAUGUUUUUGCUGAUUGCUUUUUCCUGAUCAUCCCGGUUAUGGCGUGCCUUGUAAAUAGGAAAGCUGAGAGAAUAUGUACAACCUGGUCAAACAUUCAGUGUCUAGUGUAUUAAAGACAACCAUUAAAAAAAAAGUUUUCCUAAGCAUAGGAGUAUUAUUAUACUGCAAAAGAUGCCAAAUUUAUUGUCAGAAUCCACAUGCCCCCUCCAUGAAAGAGACCCACAAUCUACUGUACAUAUUAGAAGCGGGUGCGUACAGUUUCAGAGAGUUCUUAUUUAUUAGAAAUGGACGCGAUUGUUUUUUUUGGGCUUUUUAAAUCACU